AUGCAACAACAGCAUUUUCGGCACUACCACUACAACAAUGUCGUAGUGGGUUGCAUACUUCUAGGCGGUUAUUACAUAACCAAAUGGCUGGGGAUUAUCGCCUUUACCUAUCGCAACGCAGAGCCUCGCCGUACACAAUGCAAACAACAGCGCCCACAGCAAUCGAGUUGUAACACUCACCGUAUUAAUCACCGUGAAAAACCGCACGCACAAUUACACACCCACACCAGUCGAGUGGAUUUCUCACGCCCACUUCGCUACUACAGCCUCGCUAUUCUACUGAUUAUAACAAUCGCUGUGCCUUUUGUUGGACGCAUAAUGAUCUUGAACCAGGAUUUUUUACGCAAUUCGAAACUGUUGUCGUUGGUCGGCUUCGGUCGCUUCACAUUUUUGCAUCUGUGUACUGUAGGUACGCUUUUCCGCCAGUUUUGCAAGCAACGUGAGCUCAUCACGUGUAUCAAUCGCAUAAUUCAAUUGCGCCACGCCAUAAGCGCGCUUGCAAAUCAGAUCGCCAGCGAAAAGUAUUGCGGUAACCACAUGGCACUUAUGUUAUGUCUGCAGCUGAUACCGUUAUUGUUGUCGCCAACAUGGACAAUAUUCAUUAUGUGGAUGGAAUACGCAGAUAAGCGACCUGCAUAUCUUGCAGCGCUGCUUUGCCUCUAUUAUUGUCAAUUAGUUUUGCAGUUGACUCUCUGCACCUACUACGUAAGCUGUUUAAUCUUGUCUCAGCAAAGCAACCAAAUAAAUCAGUUGUUGCGUAGUGUCCUGCGUCAAGCCGCCAAGCAUUGUGUACACCCACGCCCAUUCAAUAUCAAUCGACGUUAUAGGUGCCACACUCUCACAGACGCACUUCGGAGGCUACAAUGCAUGCAUGAGGAAAAUUCGCAAAUCAGUCGCAUUUUGUUGCGUCUUUACGGUCCACAGUUGGUUGCUUUUUUCGGUUUCGUACUCGCCGAAUGCACCGUGCAAUUUUUUGUGCUUUACUUUGUGUCGUGCAGUCGUCAUGUUGGCUCUGUGCAGAUUUGGAACAGUAGGCUGCCGCAUGAAAAGAACGGGAAAGAAUUCUGUCGAAUGCUCUUGAAUCCAUGGGCUGUGCUUUACGUGUUCGGCCUGCUCUGCCAUAUAUUUUUGCUUGUUGGUGCUGCACAUCAACUGCAAUCACGUGCGCAAUCCACACGCGUUGUACUGGCCGAAGGUAGCGCCCAACUACCAUUGCCAAAGGAUAUGUGUCGACGUUGCAGAGAAACGCAGCUGCCAAGUACGGUAAGUAGCUAA